UGCUUUUGCUAUACCUAUCAUGAAAUAAUAACCGCGAUCUAAUGAUCUUUAAAUUCUUUCAGCUCAGCUUCAAGAAUUGUCAUAGAAAGGAAAAAUAAAAGAGAAAACUGUUAGCUCACUUCAAGAAGAGGCUCAGCACAUGCAGAGUUCAUGAUAAUCCACCACCCCGAGUGACAGUACAUGAACGAUGGCGACGGAAAUCAAGAUUGCAGAAGCAGUGACGCUGGAAAGUGAAGGGGAAAAGAGAAGCAUCACAUGUGAGCUCCUUGAUCCAAUCCCAAACAAAUUUUCCUCAGAGGAACCAAAGAAAUCCCCGGGCAUGCAGGACCUGCCUGCAGAAAUCACCGAACUCUUGAAAAAUGCAGAAGACGUGCAAUCAAGUUGUGAUUUUGCAGAAAGCACGCGUGUUGACAGAAAAGACAACGACAGAGCCUCAGAGGGGGAGAAGUUUUUAGAAUCGUCCUCUGAAGCAGGAAUUGUUAUGGCAGAGGAUAGCAAACAACUACAGAGAGCUGAAACAUUAGAAACUGAUGACAGGAUGACAGAUGAGGGGAAACAAAUCCAAGAAGAGAAGAGUGACAAGGAUUAUGAUACUGAUGAUGUGACAAGUGCUGUUCCGGUUGCAAAGACGGUGGAGACAAAUUUCAAUAUAGUUGAAGAGCAAACAACAGAAGAAGUCUUGGACCAAAAUGUCGACACGGGCUGUGGUCCUAAAGUUGACUGCACAGACAAUGUUGCGAAUAUGGAUCCUACAUUUGUACCCAAAAAUGUAGGAGAAAACAUAUUCGAUGUAGAGAGUGAAAUAUCGGAGAAAUUGUUGGAUUUACCAGCUGAACAGAAGGCCCCACAAUCACUGGAUAUAUGCAAACAAACAGAAAAUGAAAAGGUUGAGAUUGACAAAAUCAUACAGAAUGGAGCCAGAGAUGCCUCCAUAGCAGCGGUAGGAGCAAGUUCAGACACUCCAAAUGACGACACAGAAUUCACCAUCAUCAGCGAUGAGGGAGACAAAAAGCUUGAUGAGUCAUCCACCAUAGUGGCUGCGGACAUGCCAAUGAAGCAUGAACAUGGAGUGGAUACAGUCGAGCUCAAAGAAACCGCCAGUACUGAAAGCCAAGAUCUGACCGAAUUAAGUGCAGAAAUGAAACGUGUGAUGCCAGCAGGAGAAAAUGAAGAAUACAAAAGCAACUCAACAGGUUCUGCUGUUAUCAUAGAACCAGUAGCACAUAGCUCACAUCAAAUUGACGAAGAGGUUGUGCUCAAAAUGGAUGUGGAGGAAGCAAAUGAUUUGACUCAGGAGACAAUUAUCCAAGUUGUUCAGAAAACCUUGGCAGAAGAUGAGGACGGCAUGGACCGAAAAGAAAACCCUGACAGUUCAUCAGCAAAGCAUGAAGAAUCUAUGCAGAGAGAUUAUAGCAAUCCGAUUAGCACAGAAGCUUCAGACGGGGAGAGAAAUGAUAGUGGAUAUUUGACAGGUGAGGUGGUCAUGGACGUCAGUGGUCAAGGAAUAACUGAUGCUAAAGAUCACAUUGCAAAAGAAUCAUCACCAGUCAAAGCAGAAUCAGAGGAAAGUUUCUUACAGCAAAGUCUACUGGGUAAUGAGCAACCUGAAAUUGAUAUUAAGGUGCUUCCGAAAGCAGUUUCAUGUAUCAAAGAGGAGGCGCGUAGCAAGAGCUGUGAAGGUGGCUUUACCCAAAAGGUAGAUGAAGACAACUCCGUGGAUAACAGGCCAAACAAUGAAGAAAUACAAGAGAACUCUCCACUAAAUCCAGAAGGAGACCAACAGAGAACUGAAGAGGCUGAUCGGGAAAUUGAAGGUGAAAAAGUUACUGGAGAGUGGGAAGCAUGCAAGCCAAUGGAAACAAAAACUGAAGAUGGAUCUGAAACAUGCAGAAGCACAGAAUUUCAGGAUGCAGGGCAUCCAUCUAGAGAAGGGCAUAAUCCUGAAGAUGUGGCAACUGAUAUAACUGCCUCAGGUGAUAUCUACAGUACAGAAAGUGUCGCUGUUGAGAUACUUCAACCAACUUCUGAACCAGAAAUCAUUCUGGAAACAGCUCGCAGAGCUCAACAUGACAGCUGCUGUGAGGAGAAGGAAAAAGCAAUAGAAGUGGAUGAAAAUGAAGAACUCAAGGCAAAGCCCUGCGAUACCACAGACCCCACAGAAGAAACCAUCAGAACAAGUCCAGCUGAGAACUCUGAAACUGCACAGGAGGAAAAUGAGUGUGAAAUCAAGAUAUCGGACGAGUCUGAACCAGCUGGAGCAGAUAGGACUUUGGAAGAUGAUGCACCUCAAGACAAUGAAAGCUCUGAAAUGUCUCUUCAAAUUCCUCCGCCAAUGCAUGAAGAAAUGACACGGGAAGUGGAAGGAGAAGAAAAAGGGACAUCUGUUUUCAUUUUAGCUGAUAACAGCAGCAUCACUGGGCUGGACGAGGUUAUGGAGGAAGCAUCAACGCCUGAAAAAGAUUUUGAAAAAACAGUGAACAAGAAUGAAGCGGCAAAUGAGUUCAAAAGAUCAUUAAAUGAGAUACCUGAACCAACUGAGGCAGAUAGUACCAGUAGUCCAAAAAUGGAUGGAACCGUCCUUUGCCAUGUAGAAUUGUUGACAAAAGGAAAUAAUGAUGACAAUGUCAUGUACGAACAGAAUGAGAAAAACAAGAUCUACGAGCAAACGGGGAGAUCUAGGACAACUGAGGGUCUGGAAGAUCUAAUUCUGUUGAAAGCCAACAAGGAGACUGGAGAAUCCACAGUACCAGACUUGAUCGAAGAGGAUCCUAUUCAAGAUGGACAUGAUCCUGAAGAUGUGGCUACUGAUAUUGCUGCCUCAGGUGACAUCUACAGUACAGAAAGUGUCGCUGAUGAGAUACUUCAACCGACUUUUGAACCAGAAAUCGUUCUGGAAACAGCUCCAACAUGCAGAGCUGAACAUGACAGCUCUUGUGAGGAGAAGGAAAAAGCUACAGAAGUGGACGAAAAUGAAGAACUCAAGGCAAAGUCCUGCAAUACCACAGACCUCACAGAAGAAACCAUCAGAACAAGUCCAGCUGAGAGCUCUGAUUCUACACAGAAGGAAAAUGAAUGUGAAAUCAAGUUAUCGGAGGAGUCUGAACCAGCUGGAGCAGAUAGGAGUUUGGAAGACGAUGCACCUCAAGACAAUGAAAGCUCUGAAAUGUCUCUUCAAAUUCCUCCUCCAAUGCAUGAGGAAAUGACACGGGAAGUGGAAGGAGAAGGAAAAGGGACAUCUGCUGUCAUUUCAGCUGAUAACAGCAGCAUCACUGGGCUGGACGAGGUUAUGGAGGAAGCAUCAACGCCCGAAAAAGAUUUUGAAGAAACAGUGAACAAGAAUGAAGGGGCAAAUGAGUUCAAAGGAUCGUUAAAUGAGAUUCCUGAACCAACUGAGGCAGAUAGUACCAGUAGUCCAAAAACAGACGGUACCGUUCUUUGCCAUGAAGAAUUGUCAGCAAAAGGAAAUAAUGAGGACAAUGUCAAGUACGAACCAAAUGAGAUAAACAAGAGCUAUGAGCAAACGGGGAGAUCUAGCAUAACUGAGGGUCCGGAAGAUCUAAUUCUGCUUAAAGCCAACAAGGAGACUGGAGAAUCCACAAUACCAGACUUGAUUGAAGAGGAUCCUAUUCAAGAUGGACAUGAUCCUGAAGAUGUGGCAACUGUUGAACCAGAAAUCGUUCUGGAAACAGCUCCAACAUGCAGAGCUGAACAUGACAACUCUUGUGGAGAGAAGGAAAAAGCUACAGAAGUGGACGAAAAUGAAGAACUCAAGGCAAAGUCCUGCAAUACCACAGACCUCACAGAAGAAACCAUCAGAACAAGUCCAGCUGAGAGCUCUGAUUCUACACAGAAGGAAAAUGAAUGUGAAAUCAAGUUAUCGGAGGAGUCUGAACCAGCUGGAGCAGAUAGGAGUUUGGAAGACGGUGCACCUCAAGACAAUGAAAGCUCUGAAAUGUCUCCUCAAAUUCCUCUGCCAAUGCAUCGGGAAAUGACACGGGAAGUGGAAGGAGAAGAAAAAAGGACAUCUGCUGUCAUUUCAGCUGAUAACAGCAGCGUCACUGGGCUGGACGAGGUUAUGGAGGAAGCAUCAACGCCUGAAAAGGAUUUUGAAGAAACAGUGAACAAGAAUGAAGCGGCAAAUGAAUUCAAAAGAUUGUUAAAUGAGAUACCUGAACCAACUGAGGCAGAUAGUACCAGUAGUCCAAAAACGGACGGAACUGUUCUUUGCCAUGAAGAAUUGUCAGCAAAAGGAAAUAAUGAGGACAAUGUCAAGUACGAACCAAAUGAGAUAAACAAGAGCUAUGAGCAAACGGGGAGAUCUAGCAUAACUGAGGGUCCGGAAGAUCUAAUUCUGCUUAAAGCUGACAAGGAGAUGGGAGAAUCCACAGUACCAGACUUGAUUGGAGAGGAUCCUAUUCGAGAUGGACAUGAUUUUGAAGAUGCGGCAACUGACAUAGCUGCCUCAGGUGAUAUCUACAGUACGGAAAGUGUUGUGGAUGAGAUACUUCAACCGACUUUUGAACCAGAAAUCGUUCUGGAAACAGCUCCAACAUGCAGAGCUGAACAUGACAGCUCUUGUGAGGAGAAGGAAAAAGCUACAGAAGUGGACGAAAAUGAAGAACUCAAGGCAAAGUCCUGCAAUACCACAGACCUCACAGAAGAAACCAUCAGAACAAGUCCAGCUGAGAGCUCUGAUUCUACACAGAAGGAAAAUGAAUGUGAAAUCAAGUUAUCGGAGGAGUCUGAACCAGCUGGAGCAGAUAGGAGUUUGGAAGACGAUGCACCUCAAGACAAUGAAAGCUCUGAAAUGUCUCUUCAAAUUCCUCCUCCAAUGCAUGAGGAAAUGACACGGGAAGUGGAAGGAGAAGGAAAAGGGACAUCUGCUGUCAUUUCAGCUGAUAACAGCAGCAUCACUGGGCUGGACGAGGUUAUGGAGGAAGCAUCAACGCCCGAAAAAGAUUUUGAAGAAACAGUGAACAAGAAUGAAGGGGCAAAUGAGUUCAAAAGAUCGUUAAAUGAGAUUCCUGAACCAACUGAGGCAGAUAGUACUAAUAGUCCAGAAACGGAUGGAACCAUUCUUUGCCAUGAAGAAUUGUCAGCAAAAGGAGAUAAUAAGGACAAUGUCAAGUACGAACAAAAUGAGAUAAACAAGACCUAUGAACAAACAGGGAGAUCUAGCAUAACUGAGGGUCUGGAAGAUCUAAUUCUGCUUAAAGGAAACAAGGAGACUGGAGAAUCUACAGGACCAGACUUGAUCAAAGAGGAUCCUAUUCAAGAGAGGACUACCGAAGUAAUAGCCCAUAGAGAGGACAAUGUGAUGGGAAGCCAGAUCAAUCCAUCAACUGAAGAAGCUAUCGACCACACCAAUAAUUUCACGGAGGAAACAAAUGUAACAAGAGAUUUUGAGGUACUUGCAGAGGAUAUUAGCGAAGGCAGACCCUUAAAAGACGAUCGAGACGAAGAAAAUAAUGAGGAGGUACAUAUGCAAUUAGUUACAUUCACUUCAUGCGAGAAAACGGUUGAUUGUGAACGAGAGGAAGAUGCAAAAUCCAAGCUUUCUCCUCCAGUGGAUGAACAAGAGAUUGAAAACCAGAAGUCAGAGUUUAUGAGUGAUUCAAUCUCCUUAAAAGAAGAGGGUAAAGACACGACGGACUUCACAGAACAGGUGGAAGCAGCACGCUCAAUUGAGAAUACUGCCAACACCGAAAAGGACAAUACAGAGACAUGUAAUAAGAUCCAAUCUACCAGCAUUGAUGAAUGCUCAGAGAAAGAAAUGCCGCCAAAGGAGCAUGAUGAAUAUUACCAAUCGGACUCCCCUUGUGCACCCCCUGAAACCAAUUCUGAGGUUAAUGGAGCAGCUGAGAGUUUAGAAUUGCGUUUUGCUAAGGGUUCCCAAGCUGCACGAGUUUCUGCAAUAGAAGAUGGCAUUCCCGCUAAUGAUAAUAAAUCAGAAGCGAAAAAUAAUGCAGGAAGUACAGAUAUUGCUUCUGGAGUAGAUGAACUUCCAACAUCGGCAAAGCAGGAAAGAAGUUUGGAAAAUACAGACAGCAAUGUGAAGGAAGAUGACUCAACUGACUCAGGUCAGGAAAAGGAGGAGAUUCCAGCAUCAGCUGAUGCAAUGAAAGAAUCGACAGAGUCUGAAAAAUUGGAUGCAGAACAUAAAGAAUCCAAAGAGUUAGUUACUACUGAAAACCCAGCUGUGGACACUUUACAAGGAAGCCUCUGUUCAAUCCUGAAAACUGAAUCUGGUGAGGAAGAAUGUGAGGCUUCUGCAGAAUAUGAAGGCCCAGACAAGAACGAAGAACAUCCUUAUGGCACUCAUUCAACUGAAGGUGUCUUGAUGCCACAAGAAAGUGAAUCUACAAAGACAGUCUCUGAAUCUGAGGAGGUUGAAACUGCAAAGGGGAGUGCUCAAAAGGAAGUGAGUGAAGAUCUACAUGUUCCCCCUGAGGUGCACUUUGUUGAUCUCAAUAUUGCAGAAGGUACAUAUAUCUCAGCCACCAAUGGAACAGGAGAAACAGAAAAGCAGGUUCAAGUGGACCAACAUAAUGCUUUAUCAGAUGUGAGAUCUGUAGAUACACAUUUAGAAAUGAAGGAAAUUGAAGGUGAGACACAUGAUGAAGCCUUGAAGCAUCAGGAAUCAUUUGAACCUGAGACAGAUAUUAAGAACAGAAUCCCAGAAGAAAAUGUUUCCACAGAGAAUGCUGAAGACAACUUAAAGGAAGAUUAUGUGCCAAAUAAAGCAGCAUUCCACUCUGAAGUCAGUGCUCCCAUUGGAGAAGAGAUGGGAGCUACUGACACAAUAUCCACUCAAAAUCUCAAAACAAUGGAGUUGACUGAACAGACAGAGACAAUGAACAUAGAGAUUGAAGAACAUUCAAGAUUGGCAAGGGAGACAUGUAUUGCGGGAGAAGUGGAAGAAGAGGUAGAGCCAGUUGGUCUCGUCAUCACACCAAUGGAAACCACUGAGGAGGAUAUAAUCAAGGAACCGGACAGUGGUAUCAUUAGGGAUAUUGCUGCUGCAGAAAUCGAACAGGAAGAGGUGAGACUACAAAAAGAACAGCUAGAUGACAGACCCAACGAGGCAUCUGGUAUUUGCUCAGACAUGGGGUCUCCAGAAAGAACAGAAACUGACCACAGUAAACAAUGUGAAGAGACUGAUGGCACAGAGUGUUAUCAAACCUCCACCAACUUGCUGCCUAAAUCUUCAGAAAGUGAUUCUAAGAGCGCAGAACGAGAGAUUACUGUUGUUGAAAAUCCAACUAUAACAGAAGAAGAAAUUGAACUACCUUCAGACAAAAUGGAUGAAACAAGAGCUUCAGAUGCUAAAGAAAGUACUGAAAUGGAGAACUGCUCAUCUAUUGAAAACACAGAUGCAGAAGAAACAGAAAAGCAUGAAGAAAUUUCUGAAAGGCUAGCUACAUCCGCUACCCAAAAUGGAGAAGCAGCCAAAGAUGGAAGCGCACCUGAUCAGACUAUCCCUCGAGAAUCAACACUUGAGCUCCUGACAUCAACUUCAAUGUCUCUUAUGGAAGAGAAAGAAAAUAGACCUAAAACUGCAGAUGAGAAGAUUAAAGAUGACAAUGAAGAGGAGGUUGAAACGCAAUUAAAUGAGAGUCUACAAUUAUCUUCAGGUACAGUGCAGACAGAGGAAGCAUGCUUUGAUACGAAAGAGCCUGAUAAGGAUGGAGUCUCCAAAAUAGACAAUGGCGAUUCUGAGGGUGACAAAGACACUCCAAAUGGACAGAAAGAUGGCUGCACUCAUGGAGAAGUUCUGAGAGUUGAGACUCAGGAAAAAGAAUGCAAGACCACAAAUCCUGAUUCUCCAGAGGUCGAUGAUACAACUGCUGAAGUUAGUGUUAUCACAGAGGAAGCAUCUGGCAUUGUAUCAAGCAAAAGUGAAAAUGUGCAUGAAGUCGUGCCAGAUGUUCAGCCAAAUGAAAGUUUCACAAAAUUAGAGGAUGUUGAUUUGAAAGGCAUGAAAGUCGAGGCAACCAUUGCUGAUGUUGAGCCUGAACAGCAGUGUGAGGAUGCAAUUGAAGCAAAUGAUAUGUCGCAGAAUGUGAUCACCGAUGAAGCGGUGCUUCACGUACAAUUAAAGACGGAAGAGACUCAAAAUGAGGAAGAACUCGAGACAGGGGAAGGAGAUAAGACAUUAUUACUCGAGAGCUGCAAAAUUGGUGAGAUGAAGGACUUUGUCCCAGUACGAGAAGAUACUCAAGCAAUAGAUCAAGUUGAACAAGCACAAGCAGGAAAUGCAGAUAAUGAGGAGAUUCAAAUCAGCAAAAUAGAGAAUGAUGACGAAAGUAUCUCUACUUUAAAAACUGCAGAUGCUACCAAUGACUUCAAGAAGGAGGUUGUAAAGGAAACAGCAACGCUUGAUGAUUUCAAUGCCCUGACUGCAGCUGCAGUUGAAACUGCAGAAAUUGGCAUUCCAGCCAAGGAAGCAUCUAGUGGUGUGUUAAGUGAAUAUGUGCAUGAAGUCAUGUCAGAUGUUCAGGAAAAUAGAAGUUCCAUAGAAUUGGAGCAUGACGAAACAAAAGGUAUGAAAGUUGAGGCAGUUGCUGCUGAUGUCAAGCCCGAAGAGAAGUGUGAGGAUGCAACUGGAGAAAAUGAUAUGUCGCUGAAUGGAAUAACCAAUGAAGGGGUGCCUGAUGAAAACAAAAAGUCAGAAGAAACUCAAAAUGGGGAAGAACAUGAGAAUGGAGAAGGUGAUAUCAAAAUCAGCGAGAAGAAAGACUACUUUGGCCCCAUACUAGCUGAAGAUACUGAAGAAAUAGAUCAAGAUGAACAAGCACAAGCAGGAAAUGCAGAUAAAGAGCAAAUUUGUGACAAGCUAAAAGACAGUAUUUCUGUUUCGAAAACUGAAGAUCCAACCAAUGACUUCGACAACAUCAUAAAGAAAACAGAUACCCUUAAUGAGCUUAAUGCCACUACCAUAGCCGCUGUGGAAACAGCUGCCGAUAUUAGCAUUCUGAGGGAGGAAGCAUUGGGCGUUAUGUGCAGAAAAGGUGAGCAUAUGCAUGAAAUGAUGUCCAACGUCCAAACAAAUGAAAGUUCCAUAGAAUCAGAGGAUGCUGAAAUGAAUUCAAUGAAAGUUGAGGCAGUCAUUGCGGAUGUUGAGCCUGCAGAGAAGUGUGAGGAUGGAAUUGAAGAAAUUGAUUUGUCGCAGAAUGUGAUAACUGAUGAAGGGAUGACUGACGCACAUAUGAAGGCACCACUGCUUGAGAGCUGCAACAUCAGUGAGAAGAAAGACUUCGGCAAAGCACUAGCUGAAGUUACUGAAGCAACAGAUCAAAUUGAACUGGCAAAAGCAGGACAUGCAGAUAAUGAGGAAACUCAAACCAGUGAAAGCCAGAUUCAUGACAGGCUAAAAGACAGCGUCUCUGUUUCAAAAACUGAAGAUGCAACCAAAGACGUUGAGAAGGAGAUCAUUACUGAAGCAGUUAGCACUGAUGAGUUUAAUGCCACAACUUUCAUUGCAGUGCCAGAAACCACAGAAAUCAAAUUUCCCCUAGAAGAAGAAUCUGGCGUUGUGUUAAACACAAGUGAAAAUACACGUGAAAUUGUUUUAGAUGUUCAAGCAAAUGAAAGUUCCAUGGGAUCAGUGGAUGCUGAAACGAAGGGUAAGCAAGUUGAGGAAGUCAUGGAUGAUGUCAAGCCUGAAGAGAAGCGUGAAGAUGCAAUUGAAGCAAAUAAUGUGUCUCAGAAUGCAAUUACUAGUGAAGGGGUGCUUGACAGUUAUACAAAGGCAGGAGGGGAAGAAAACGAGACCAGGGAAGCUGACAAUGCAUCAUUACUUGGGAGCGGCAAAAUUAGUGAGAAGAAAGAUUUUGGCCCAGUAGUAGCUGAAGAUACAGAAGCAACAGAUCAAGUUGAAGAGGCAGAAACAGAAAAUGCAGAUAAUGAGGAGAUUCCAACCAGCAAAAGCAAGACAGAUGACAAGCUAGAAGACAGCGUCCUCGUUUGGAAAACUGUGGAUGCAACCAAAGACGUCGGAAAGAACAUCAUAGAGGAAGUAGAUACCCCUGAUGAGUUUAAUGACACAACUAUAGCUGCAGCGGAAACAGAGAUUGCCCUGCGGGAGCCUCAGGAAGAGGAGACUGUCAAAGACGUUGGAAAGAACAUCAUAGAGGAAGUAGAUACCCCUGAUGAGUUUAAUGCCACAACUAUAGCUGCAGCGGAAACAGAGAUUGCCCUGCAGGAGCCUCAGGAAGAAGAGACUGCCUUCGGGACAUCCACAGUGCCACCAGAUAGUGUGACAGUUCGAAAUUCAAAUGCAGAUGAUUUUGAGAGAAUCAGAAUGGUUUCUGAACUAUCUCAUGAUAGCAAUUCUGCACAUGACGAAACAAUUGAUGGAGCAGAGAAAACAUCAACAGAUGAAAAGCUUGGCUUGGUUGAAAAUGAAGCAGAAUCAGAAGGAACUGCCCACCAAGUAACUGUAUCCAAAACUGAUCAAGGAAAGACAUUUUUUAGAGAAGAAACAACUGCUGACCAGACUCUCUCGGCAAAGAAACAGGAGUUGCUGGUUCAGACACCUGUGUUUGCAUGGCUUCCAAGAGGAGGGGAGGAGAACAUAGAGAAGGUUGAAAAUAUAGAAGGAAAUGAAAAAGUGGCAGGAGAGAUGGAACUAAAGGAGAAUCUAGAACUGUCUUCCUUUGCAGAGAAGACAGAUACAGAAUGCUUGGAGAGGGGAGAGCCAAGAAAUCCCGGAGUAACUGAAUUAGAGAUUUCAGCAAAUGAAAGUACACAGGAUACUAAUGAAGAUGAAAAAGAACAGAACACUCAUGGUGAAGCUCUAAACACAGCCCCCGAAGAAAAAGAAAAGGAGACAGAAUUUUCCGAUUCUCCAUUGAGUAGUAUUAAAAGCAAAGAGCUCAGCGGACCAUAUGAGAAAGCAUCUGAUGUAAUGUUCAAGACAAGCAAAACAGCACAAGUAGACGAGUCAGAAGUUCAGACAGUGGAGACCUUUGAAGAAUCAGAGGGUGGUGAAAUUCAGGAUGCGAAUUUGGAAGCAGCAGCAAUUUCAGAACCUGCAGAACAGAGUGAGGAUGCAAUUAUAGCAGAUAAUGUCGAACAAGAGAUGCAAAAUGAACGAGAAAAGACUGAUGGGAGUGAAGAGAUAAACGAGCAAGAGACUAUGAAAGAUGUCAAGUCAAAGGAAACUCAUGGAACAACGCCUGGAAACAGCAUAAUCAAUCAGGACAUGCACACAGGCUCAGUAUCUGCAGGAGAAAUAACACACUGCGAUGAGCAAACAAAUGCAGAGAAGCCAGAGAUUGAGAAGAAUCUAGCAAGCAAAAGUGAAUCAUAUGCCACAGUAGCAUUGGAAAAAGAUAAUAUUCUGAAUGGAGGUGGCAUCUACAUUGCACAAACCAAAGAUGCCUCACGGGAUUUUGAUGGCACAAAAGAGAUCAAAGAGGAGGCAGGCAGCUGUUAUGACGAGACUGAUUCUUCAGCAAUGACCUCUCUGAGAACAGAGACUGGGACGCUGGCAGUCCAGCAAGAUGACAAGCCUGUGGAGGCAUCCCCUGCUGAGGUAGAGGGAUCAUCACCAGAAGCAACAGAGCCUGGUCUAACUCUCAGCAGCAAAAACAUUGACAAGGAAAAUCUUGAAGAGACCUCUUCUACCUCUGUUUGUCAACUAUCUGAUACAGAUAAAGAGAAUGCAACCAUUCAGAAUCCACAUGUAAGUGAGUCCGGAACCAAUGUGACAGGUGAAAAUGACUCCUCGUUGUUUCUGACGGAGAAAGGGGGUGAAGCAGCAACCACGGAUGACAAUUUUGGAGAAAAGAGCUUAGAUGGAGAGAUGGUGCAGAUUAAUGAGAGAAUGAUAUUGACAGAUGUGACAGAAGUGUGCAAAAAGGCAGACUCAAUGAAGCAUGAAGAUACAGAAUUCGAGAUCCAAGCCAAUCAAGUCACCAAGGACACAUCAUUUGAAGAGGACAAGGAAGGAAGCGAUCAAGUUGAAAAUCUGAAACUAGAGCUUCCAGAAGAAGAAUGCGAGAGAAGAUCUGCGAGUUCUGCAUCAGCUGACCAACGAAACAUGGGUAACACAACAGAAGUUACAGAACCUAGGGAAGAAGUACCAGAAAUUCAAGCACAUGAAAUUUCCGCAGCUUAUGAGGACGUAAAAAUUACAGAUUCAAAGGCAGCAGCUGAUGAUUUGGAGCCUGAAAAACAUUGUGACAUUGCAAGUGAAGCAGCUGAUACUCUGAAGGACGAAAUUCUUCAUGAAGAGGUGUUCAUUGGUCCAGGAGAUGCAGAUGAAUGCAAAAACUCGAUGAAAGAGCAUCAGGUCGAGGAGAACUAUAGCCCAAAUGAAACAGUUGCCUUGUCACCUGCGAACCAUGCAAUCUAUGAGGUAGACUCCAAUGCAGUAUCAAAGGAACAUAUAGAAGCAUCAUAUUCAACUGAAAAGACCAAAGGAGGAAAUUUGGAUGUUGAGGAAUUAUUGGACAGUAAAUGCGAUGCACAAAUCCAGGAAUUAUUGCAUCAGGAAAAGACACAGGAAGAAGAAAAUCGUGGCUCUGUUGCACCAACUGAGCAUGCAACCAAAGAUAGCGAGAUAUUAACAAAGGAUCUGGAUACUUGCUAUGAUAAGGUUGACACUGCACCAAAGACCUCAUUAACAUCAACUCCCAGCUCCUGCAUGGCUCCUAAAGAAGAAAAUCCUGUAGAUGACUCUGGUACUGGCUUUGACAAGGAAUUGCCCAAAAAAGUAGAGAUUGAGACUAGUCUGCUCCAAGAAAAAUUUGAGACACAGCCUGAAGAGAAGCAUUUAACUACAGACGAUGAGAAUGUGGAGAGAGAGAAUGUGACUGCUGAAAAUCCGAAGGCAGAUGAAUUGGGGAGAAGAACGAUAGCUUCUGAAGCAGUGCUAGAUUCCAAAGAUCCAGGUACGGACAUUAUUGAUGCAAUGCAGGAAACAACUGCAGAAGAGCUGGAUGUGAGCGAAAGUAGAUCUCGUUGCCCAGAAUUAGUUCAUGAAGCAGAUGCAACAUCUGACCAGAAUACAUCAGCAAAAGAACUGGAGGUGCAAAUUCAGACCCCAGUCUCUGCAUUGCUUCAAGAGGAACAUAAAGAUGAAUUUACAUCUACCACUGGGGCGAAAGAAGGGAAACGGGACACACAGAAUGUGCAAGAAACUGAAACUGUACUAUUAUCCUCAGCAGCAGAGGCAAAGGAAGGAGUUUGGCAGAAGGAAAAUAGAGAGUUCGAACCUCCAAAAAUCCAUUCUAGAGGCAGUGAAACCAUACAGGACGACCUAGCUGAAAAGUACAAUGAAUGCUGCAGUACACAGGAGGGAGGUUUGGAACCUGAGACUCAAAAUGAAACUCAAUGCACUGAUUUUCCAUCAGAUAGUGAGAUAGUUGCGGGUCUAACGAGUGCAGCUGAGAGUCAUGAGCAAGGAGAUAGUGACGACUUGGUCAAAUCUGCAUCACAGGUUAACAAUCAGGAAGACUUUAAUGAACCAGAGGAUACUGGAGUUGAGGAAAACCAAGUCCACGCAUUGGCACCGGAUAUAAGAGCUGAAGAGAAAGGAGAGGAAACAUCAAAAGCAAAUGAAACCUCGCAGGGUGAAAACGCCGAAGGGCAGAUUGUCGAACAGCUUGAAGAUAUUGACAGCCGCCCAAUUAAUCAAGAAAUAACUAAAGGGAGUAGUGAAGAAGAUGAACUGCAUCAUGAAAAAAUUGUUGAAGGGGAGAUACAUGACACAUUCCGCAGCAAGGCUAAUGAACUUCAAUACCAGGAGGACAAAAGCAAACACAGUGCAGUUUACGAAGAUAUUGCUCCGGAAGAAGUUGACAAGGUGCAUGUUGAAAUGGAGAUAGCAGAUAAAAACUCUAUCGAUGAAGCUGAGGGAAACAUCACGUCAGAAGGAGCAACUGAAUCAGAGGACCAGAACAGUAAAACAAACUCUGGAAGCAGCACGACAGACGCCAUGACAAGAUGUAACAAAGAAUCAAGUGUGGAGAAGACUCGAAAAGGAGAUGACUUGGGUCUUGAAGAAGCAAAGGAAACCAAUCCUGUUCUAGAACAGAAAGAUUAUGCCUCAAUUGCCAUGCCUGAAAUGCCAGUUUCAGGGGAAGCUUGUCUGAGUACGACUCCAGAUGCUAUACUAACAGAAGGCAAUGAAGACAGGUCACCUACAGUGAAGGGAAGAAUUGUUGAAACCAUUCAAAACUCCGAAGCAAGCAAUAUGGAACUUGGGGAUCCUUCGAAAGCUGAUCUAGAACUGAAAGGAAUUGAAUAUGGAGGAGAGAGAAUGUGCAGUUCUCAUGAAAAAACAAGUGAGGAGGAUAUGUCGAAAGACACGUCUGUCGUCUCAUUGUCUGACCUCUUAAACAAGAUCCCAGAAGGCAAUUUGCCAACCACCGAGCCUUCGUCUAAAGAGACAAGACCAACGGACGAAUCGGACACUGUGCCACCUGAAGAAGUGAAAAGAGAUGAAGAAAGAGAUGAGCAUGAAGAAGACGAGCAUGAAAGGACAGAACUGGGACACGAUGCUCUUGUCAUGGUGGAAGCUUCCAAAGACAUCGAUGUCAAAGCGCCGCAUAAGACAAUGUGCAGUUCUGAUGAAAAGACAAGUGAGGAGGAUAUGUCGAAAGACACGUCUGUCGUCUCAUUGUCUGACCUCUUAAACAAGAUCCCAGAAGGCAAUUUGCCAACCACCGAGCCUUCGUCUAAAGAGACAAGACCAACGGACGAAUCGGACACUGUGCCACCUGAAGAAGUGAAAAGAGAUGAAGAAAGAGAUGAGCAUGAAGAAGACGAGCAUGAAAGGACAGAACUGGGACACGAUGCUCUUGUCAUGGUGGAAGCUUCCAAAGACAUCGAUGUCAAGGCGCCGCAUAAGACAAUGUGCAGUUCUGAUGAAAAGACAAGUGAGGAGGAUAUGUCGAAAGACACGUCUGUCGUCUCAUUGUCUGACCUCUUAAACAAGAUCCCAGAAGGCAAUUUGCCAACCACCGAGCCUUCGUCUAAAGAGACAAGACCAACAGACGAAUCGGACACUGUGCCACCUGAAGAAGUGAAAAGAGAUGAAGAAAGAGAUGAGCAUGAAAGGACGGAACUGGGACACGAUGCUCUUGUCAUGGUGGAAGCUUCCAAAGACAUCGAUGUCAAGGCGCCGCAUAAGACAAUGUGCAGUUCUGAUGAAAAGACAAGUGAGGAGGAUAUGUCGAAAGACACGUCUGUCGCCUCAUUGUCUGACCUCUUAAACAAGAUCCCAGAAGGCAAUUUGCCAACCACCGAGCCUUCGUCUAAAGAGACAAGACCAACGGACGAAUCGGACACUGUGCCACCUGAAGAAGUGAAAAGAGAUGAAGAAAGAGAUGAGCAUGAAGAAGACGAGCAUGAAAGGACAGAACUGGGACACGAUGCUCUUGUCAUGGUGGAAGCUUCCAAAGACAUCGAUGUCAAGGCGCCGCAUAAGACAAUGUGCAGUUCUGAUGAAAAGACAAGUGAGGAGGAUAUGUCGAAAGACACGUCUGUCGUCUCAUUGUCUGACCUCUUAAACAAGAUCCCAGAAGGCAAUUUGCCAACCACCGAGCCUUCGUCUAAAGAGACAAGACCAACAGACGAAUCGGACACUGUGCCACCUGAAGAAGUGAAAAGAGAUGAAGAAAGAGAUGAGCAUGAAAGGACGGAACUGGGACACGAUGCUCUUGUCAUGGUGGAAGCUUCCAAAGACAUCGAUGUCAAGGCGCCGCAUAAGACAAUGUGCAGUUCUGAUGAAAAGACAAGUGAGGAGGAUAUGUCGAAAGACACGUCUGUCGCCUCAUUGUCUGACCUCUUAAACAAGAUCCCAGAAGGCAAUUUGCCAACCACCGAGCCUUCGUCUAAAGAGACAAGACCAACGGACGAAUCGGACACUGUGCCACCUGAAGAAGUGAAAAGAGAUGAAGAAAGAGAUGAGCAUGGAGAAGACGAGCAUGAAAGGACAGAACUGGGACACGAUGCUCUUGUCAUGGUGGAAGCUUCCAAAGACAUCGAUGUCAAGGCGCCGCAUAAGACAAUGUGCAGUUCUGAUGAAAAGACAAGUGAGGAGGAUAUGUCGAAAGACACGUCUGUCGUCUCAUUGUCUGACCUCUUAAACAAGAUCCCAGAAGGCAAUUUGCCAACCACCGAGCCUUCGUCUAAAGAGACAAGACCAACAGACGAAUCGGACACUGUGCCACCUGAAGAAGUGAAAAGAGAUGAAGAAAGAGAUGAGCAUGAAAGGACGGAACUGGGACACGAUGCUCUUGUCAUGGUGGAAGCUUCCAAAGACAUCGAUGUCAAGGCGCCGCAUAAGACAAUGUGCAGUUCUGAUGAAAAGACAAGUGAGGAGGAUAUGUCGAAAGACACGUCUGUCGCCUCAUUGUCUGACCUCUUAAACAAGAUCCCAGAAGGCAAUUUGCCAACCACCGAGCCUUCGUCUAAAGAGACAAGACCAACGGACGAAUCGGACACUGUGCCACCUGAAGAAGUGAAAAGAGAUGAAGAAAGAGAUGAGCAUGGAGAAGACGAGCAUGAAAGGACAGAACUGGGACACGAUGCUCUUGUCAUGGUGGAAGCUUCCAAAGACAUCGAUGUCAAGGUGCCGCAUAAGAAAUCCCAUGGCAUACUAUCAGGGGUUGGCUCGAAGGUCAAGCACUCAAUAUCGAAAGUGAAGAAAGCCAUAACCGGCAAAUCUUCUCAUUCGAAGACACAAUUACCAAAGUGAGUAUUAUGAGUCCCAGCGGUGGAAAAGAACCAGAAGAAAGAAUGCUCUGCGUGAGCAAAUGGGCAUUGUACAUUUCUGUCUCUAAGGUCAUACCUGUAGCAUAAACAUGGUCUGCGUCAUCGCGGCCCGAGUGUGUUUACAAUCAGGAUUAGUGAGUGAUCACGCAUACAGCUCCGAGAUUGCGGGAGCUCCGAUUGGGGUUUUUUUGUAUUAGUGUGUAUAGCCAUGCGUGUUCACGCAAACAUGGUCUGCUUCUACGCAGGCCCGAGUGUGUUUACAAUCAGAGUUAGCGAGUGAUCACGCAAACAGCUAUGAGAUUGCAGGUCGUAGUGUUACCAUGUUCUCUGUUUUCGCUUGCCUU